AUGAACUUUGCUUAUAAAGUCACAGAUGUUAAUGCUUUUCACAACGAAGUGCAGCAGUUAGCUCGUGUUAAUCAUGAAAAUAUUAUUCAUCUCUAUGGUGCCUGCAUGUCUGAUGCUCAUAAGUGUCUUGUGAUAGAAUUUGCGGAUGGAGGUUCUCUAUAUCAUUUACUGCACAGUUCUCAUAAAACAGAAUACAACUUAGCACAUGGAAUAUCUUGGCUGUUACAGUGUGCAAAAGCUGUCUCAUAUCUCCAUGCUAUUCAUCCCAGACCAUUGCUACACAGGGACCUUAAGCCUCCAAAUCUUCUCCUUACCAAAGGUGCAAAAGUCCUGAAACUCUGUGAUUUUGGAACUGCAUGUGAACUGAGUACCAUAAUGUCUGACAAUCGGGGAUCAGCAGCUUGGAUGGCCCCUGAGGUUUUUGAAGGUUUGUUUAGUCUCUUGUUGAAUUUUUUCACUGGCCUUUAAUAAGUCUUUUUUAUA